GGCAUUUGAAAUGAAUGGAUGGGAAAAGUUUCCGAACGUUCUACAGAAUUAAUGUAAGGCGCUGUUGUGUCAACAAGUAUUUCGCCGCGCGGACGUUUCGUUCAACGUUGGCAAACCGUAACAACUUUAUCUCGUGAAAGUGAGGUGUUGUGAAAUAAUAAAAUGGAUAUUGUUUAUUAAUUGCGUCUCUUUCUGUGUAAAGUGCUCAUAUUACGUACAAACUGUAAUCAGUUUAUAAGUAAAAAAUGACGAUCGACAAACAGUUAGUAUGGGUCCGGGAUCCGAACGAGGGGUUCGUGUUAGCGCGACUCCAGGAGUUGAUGGGGGAAGAGGCAGAUGUGUUUCCAGUCGACAACAAAUAUCCGAGGAGGGUCUGCAGCUUCGACGAUAUCUUCCCAGCUGGAGAGCCAACUAAAGAUGUUGAUGAUAAUUGUGAAUUAAUGUUCCUUAAUGAGGCGACACUUCUUAACAAUAUGCUGACGCGUUACAAGAACAACAAAAUCUAUACGUAUGUUGCAAAUAUAUUGCUUGCUGUUAAUCCAUACGAAGAUAUACCGGAUAUGUAUUCAUCAAACACGAUAAAAAAAUACCAAGGGAGAUCAUUGGGGGAGCUACCGCCGCAUGUUUUCGCUAUAGCGGACAAAGCAUUCCGUGAUAUGAAAUCACUGAAACAAUCACAGUCUAUAAUAGUAUCAGGCGAAUCCGGUGCCGGAAAGACCGAGUCGACCAAAUAUAUUCUUAAAUAUCUGUGUGACUUGUGGGCCAAGGGAGCGGGACCCGUGGAACAAAAGAUUUUAGACGCCAAUCCGAUCCUCGAAGCAUUCGGUAAUGCGAAGACAACUCGCAACAAUAACAGUUCCCGUUUCGGUAAAUUUAUGGAGGUUCACUUUUCAAACAAAUAUCAAGUGGUAGGCGGACACAUUUCGCAUUAUCUGCUGGAAAAGUCAAGGAUAUGCACCCAGAGCGCUGAAGAAAGGAACUACCAUGUGUUCUAUCUUCUGUGCGCGGGAGCCCCGCCUGAACUACGCGCGGCCUUGAAGAUAACCAAGCCUGAUGAUUAUUUGUAUCUCAAGAAUGGUUGCACGCAGUAUUUUACUUCGAUCCAGUCCGAAAAAAAAAUUAACGCUAGUCAAAAAAGCAAACAGCAGCAAGCGAAAGGUGGUCUACGAGAUCCCAUAUUAGACGACGUGGAGGACUUUCAGAGAUUGCAUCAGGCGCUGUCGAGGGUCGGUCUCUCGGAGGCGGAGAAGAAGUCCGUGUACUCCAUAGUGGCGGCCGUGCUGCACCUCGGCAACGUGCAGUUCGAGGAGGAGGGCGGCGCGCGCGGCGGCUGCGGCGUGGCGCCGCACAGCGAGCCCGCGCUGGCCGCCGCCGCCGCGCUGCUGGGCGUCGACCCCGCCGAGCUGCGCAUGGCGCUCGUGUCGCGCCUCAUGCAGAGCUCGCGGGGGGGCGCCAAGGGCACCGCCAUCAUGGUGCCGCUCAAGACAUACGAGGCGUGUAGCGCACGAGAUGCGUUGGCCAAGGCGGUGUACAGUCGACUGUUUGACUUUAUCGUGCGACGCAUCAACGGUAGCAUCCCAUCCAGCGCUUCCGCAUAUUACAUCGGUGUGCUCGAUAUCGCCGGAUUUGAGUAUUUUCAGAUGAACAGCUUCGAGCAGUUCUGUAUCAACUACUGCAACGAGAAGUUACAGCAGUUCUUUAACGAACGUAUUUUAAAGAACGAACAGGAAUUAUAUAAGCGAGAAGGUUUAAACGUGCCUGAAAUCAGAUUUGUUGAUAACCAGGAUUGCAUUGAUCUCAUUGAAAGCAAGAAUCACGGUGUCUUCCAUAUUCUUGAUGAAGAAUCUAAAUUACCAAAACCAGAAUACGGGCAUUUCACAAACUCCGUGCAUAAGGAACUCGGAGGCGGUAAUGCGAACUGCCGCCUGCAGCUGCCGCGCGCGUCCCGCCUGAAGGCGCACCGCACGCUGCGCGACCACGAGGGCUUCCUGCUGCGGCACUUCGCCGGCGCCGUCUGCUACAACACGAGUCAAUUCAUUGAGAAGAACAACGACGCUCUUCACGCUUCGCUGGAAUUCCUCGUCCAGGAGUCGAACAACACGUUGGUCCAGCAAUUGUUCGAAACGUCGGAUAACAACAACGCCAAAGGGAAAUUGAACUUUAUAUCGGUUGGCGCUAAGUUCCAAACUCAGUUGUCUCAGCUCAUGGAUAAAUUAAAGGAAAAUGGCACAAACUUCAUCCGUUGCAUCAAGCCCAAUUCUCGUAUGGUGGGGAAGCAGAUCGAAGGUUCGCUGGUCCUCACGCAGUUGCAGUGCAGUGGAACUAUCGCAGUACUGGCGUUGAUGGAGCACGGCUUCCCUUCGAGAGCUCCAUUCGCAGAUUUACAUAAUAUGUACAGCUCCUAUUUGCCGCCAAAGUUGCAGAAUUUAUCACCUAAAGUAUUUUGCCAGGCGAUAGUGCACAGCUUCGGCCUGUCCGACAAGGACUACAAGUUCGGCGUGACGCGCGUGUUCUUCCGGCCCGGCAAGUACUCCGAGUUCGACGCCAUCAUGCGCUCCGACCCCGAGAGCCUCCGGGCGAUCGUCGACUCCGUGCUCGCCUGGCUCGUCAAGUCGCGCUGGAGGAGGGGCAUCUUCUCCGUGCUGUCCAUCGUGAAACUGAAGCACAAGCUGGCGCACCGGCGGCGCUGCCUCGUGACGCUGCAGCGCUGCGUGCGCGGCCACCUGGCGCGGCGCCGCCACCGGCCGCGCCUGCGCGGGCUGGCCAAGCUGCGCGCGCUGGAGGAGCGCCUGGCGGCCGUGCGCGGCGCCGCCGAGCAGCUGCGCGCCGGCCGCGAGCGCGCGCGGGGCCUGCUCGCCGCCGCCGCCGCGCGCCUGGCGGGCGCCGCGCGGGACAUCAAGACCAACGAAAACAUAACCAGUGAGGAGAUCGAGAGCACGUACGCGGCGCUGACGAAGGAGAUCGAGUCGCAGAUGGCCGACCUCCAGAAGGCGAUGAUCGACCAGAAGAAUAGAGAAGAACAGGAGAGGCUGCGCAAGAUUGAGGAGGAGAUGCGAGCGGCGGAAGAGGCCAAGCGACAAGAGCAAGAAAGGAUCAGGCAGGAGGAGGAAAAUCGUAGACUCAAAGCGGAGAUGGAGGCGCGGCGCAAGGCGGAGGAGGCGGAGCGCGUGCGCAGCGACGAGCGGGACCGCGCCGCCGCGCUCGCGCUGCAGCGGCAGGCGGAGCAGGCCGCGCGGGACGACCUGGCCGACCGCGACCGAUUGGAACAAGAGCGUAGAGACCACGAGAUGGCGGUACGACUGGCGAAGGAGACCAACGGACAUGUGGAGGGGUCUCCACCGCAACUCCGGAGUUUCCCAACAAUGGACUCAGUGAACGGAGAAAAUAGAUUGAACAGAUCGGAGCGCGUGCGCAUGCAGCAGGCACUCCAAGGCAAGCAGAAGUACGACCUCUCCAAGUGGAAGUACUCGGAACUGCGGGACACGAUCAAUACAUCCUGCGAUAUUGAACUGUUAGAGGCGUGCCGGCACGAGUUCCACCGGCGGCUGAAGGUGUACCACGCGUGGAAGGCGCGCAACGCCCGCAAGAGCACGCUCGCCGAGCAGGAGCGCGCGCCGCAGUCCGUGCUGGACGCGGCGAAGGCGCCGCGGCUGCCGGCGAAGGGCGAGAUCCUGGGCGCGCGGCACCGCUACUUCCGCAUCCCGUUCGUGCGGCCCGGCGCCGACUGCGAGGAGCGGCGCGGCUGGUGGUACGCGCACUUCGACGGCCAGUACGUGGCGCGCCAGAUGGAGCUGCACCCCGACAAGACGCCCGUGCUGCUGCAGGCCGGCGUGGACGACAUGCAGAUGUGCGAGCUGAGCCUGGAGGAGACGGGCCUCACGCGCAAGCGCGGCGCCGAGAUCCUGGAGCACGAGUUCGAGCGCGAGUGGCAGCGCCACGCCCGCCCCGCGCCGCACUAGCGCCGCGCACCCGCGCGCCGGUAACAAGAGGAAUCCUUUUAGCACGAACCGAUUAAUAACAAAAUAUAGAAAUUUAGUUCGAAGUUAUAAGUAGUAAGAUACAGCAUAAAGUAACUAAGUGCUUUCAAAUGUGCCUUCACAUGCUAUGAAUGGUCCAUUUCAUUAGAAUUAAAAAAAGAACAAAAUCAAAUUUAUUAAAAAUAAGGACAAAACUUUUUCUGAAUUAUUUUUCAGCUAUGAGUAUUUUAUACUUAUUUAAUUAAUAAGAACAAUAAAUAUAUUAUCAGUUAUAAUUUUACAUUAAAAUGAAGUUUUAAUGGUUUGUCAAUUCUAGUGAAAUGAACUAUAAUUGUACGAUAGUGCAAUAUAUAAAUAUAUUCCACCGUAGAAUACUUUGUGAUUUAAUAUACACAAUUUAAAAAAUAAAUAGCUUUGGUAAGGAAAGUGACGAUUUAAAACCCGAUUACUAAAUAAACAAUGAAUUCAUUUGUGUAAUUAUUUAUGUGUAUCGGUUUUUACCUUUUAUAUGAGGCAGUGUUGCUUACUUAUAAAAGAAAUAUUACAAAAAAAAUCCAGAAUGUAAAUGUUGCCAUAUCAAAAAAUAUCACAACCAUUUUCCCUACCACUUGCUAGCUUUAGUAAAAAAUUUAGAAAAUAUUCAUUAAAACACUCAUUAUGAAGUACAAGUGCCUAAGUAUACAAAAAAUAUAUAUUAUAUUUAAUAUUUUAUUCGGAAAUUUAUAUUUAUAAUUAACAGUGCAUGAAGUAAUCAUGAAAUAUGUAACUGUGAUUUUUUUGUUAAUAGAUAAAUUGUAGUAAAAAAAGUAUUUAUUGAAGCAUUCCAAAUGCUAACCAAAAGACUGGUGACUGGCAGCUUACGUAUUAUUUAAAAAAAAAAAUCAACUGAAAGUAUAAAUUCAACAGUAUUUACAACAUUCCUAUAAUCAAUAUUUAAAGUAGAGUUUUUUUUAAUAAUGUAAUAUAUUUUAUAGUACAAUUGAUUAAGUACAUAGUUAUUGUGAGUGCCUUUUUCAUGCCUAUAUCAUAUGACUUGUGUUAUGCUUUACCAAAUAAAUUUAAGAUAAUU